UCAUAUGCUGUGGGUCGACUCUACUUGUCGGAUUCGCGUUCCGAAUCGGGAAAUGACGGACGCUUGCAACUAGAUUGGCUUUAUUUAAUCCGUGGUCUGGUUAGUAUCAUGACCCAGCAGUGGCUUACUUUGAAGACGGGCAGAUUACGCUCGUUACUAUACUAUCGCCAUGCGAAUUAUGACUGGAAGGCCUUUCCACCUUCAACCACGAUCUCGUCUUUCCCUCGUCUGAAGCAUUGCUCAUUGCGGCUGUCAUGGUUUGCUUACAACGCUAGCACAGCGCUCGAAUCACCCCGCGACUUCAUUAACACAUUGAAACCAUCAUACGGGACACGAAGCAAGAUCAGUAAUACUGCCAUCGACAUCCUCGAAGACAUGUACAUGCGCAUCUUAUACAUCCUAGAAUUCACGACAAGUGAGCGGGACACCCCCAUGAAUCUAGAUGUGCAGACCGACCUGGAAGAUACAGCCGUCACUUCUUGGCCUGAUUUACUAUCAAGCACUUUUCUUGCUUCCCUCAAUGUCGAUGGGGAGAUGGGAAUCGGGUCGGUUGAAGGAGGGUCAUAUGCAAUACUUGCUCAUUUUUAUCUGAUAUUUACUCUUUAUGAGGAUUUUUGGUACCUCAGGGGCUCAUUUGAGGGGGAGAUUGCUGUGAUUGAUGGUCUAAUUAGGAGGGCUGGACAUGAGAAUUUGGUUUCGUUGAUGCGAUGGCCGAUGGAGGUUGUGUCCUAGCAAUAUAAUUCUACACAACGGUUUCUGCUCAACAUUCUAAUUGAAAAAGUAUAUAUAUAUUUCCGUCUGCCAGAGCAUGUUGUCUGUCAGGCGGCUUUUUUCAAGUGACGCAUGUCACGGCAUCUAUCUAUACCCUAGUGUUCCAUG